CACUAGAGGGUGUAAAACCCCGGAAAAGGAAGUUAUAGAAUCUAUUAAACGCGCCCUGAGCUGAAUUUGAGGUUCAUGUUUUUUAUGGCACAUAUGUGUUAAAAUGGCACUUUCGCCUACAGCCAAGUUGAGCGAACAUGCCUCAGCCCAAAGUCAAACUGGUAGUGACUGGGGACGAUUUUGGGUAUUGUCCGAGAAGGAAUCGUGGAAUAGUGGAAUGUUUCCAGUCCGGUGGUGUGUCAAAUGUGUCGCUGUUGGUUAAUGCCACAUCGGCAGUGGAUGCCGCAGAUCUUGCGAAAAGACAUCGUAUACCCAUUGGACUACAUGCGAAUCUUUCUGAAGGUGCCCCAGUGUCUCAUAAUCUGAAAGGGUCCACGCUCCUGAAUGAGGAUGGAUUCUUCCAUGGAAAGACAGAAUUCCGAAAGGUUUUACAAAGCGGACAACUUAACAUGUAUGAGGUUGAGCAGGAGCUGAGAGCUCAGGUGAAGCGCUUCUGUGAACUCGUCGGCCACUUGCCCUAUCACAUGGAUGGCCAUCAACACGUGCACGUGCUGCCAGAGGUGCGAGAAGUGUUUGCGCAGGUUCUUGCAGACUUUGGUAUAUGCUACACCCGGAUUCCCGUAGAGCCUGGUCUUCACGCAUGCCCCAACAUCCCACCCCAACUGCAUGACUUUUACACCCAGGUUCAGAAAGAUGCUUUGCUGUCUGUGGAGGUUUUCCGUCGUCACAGGAUCAGAUGGCCAGAUGUUUACCUGGGCUUGACAACCAUGGGAGAGAAUAUGUCGGUAGCCAACAUUAAACAGGCUUUAGGUUAUGCUCUUGGAGCCAGAUGCCUCGCCAACAGUUUAACUGUACCUUCGACGGGUACACAGACUGAUGAAAUUGCUGCACCAGACACUGACCGUCCCAUUACUGUAGAGCUAAUGGUCCAUCCUGGAUACCCUAGCGAUCCUUUGGAGGGAGGGUGUGGUCAAGGUCCAGAUGACUUCUCCCAGUCAGAGGAUCGCCAACAUGAACUGGAAACUCUAACUGACCCCUCUCUGUUGGCAUAUUACAAGCAAGAGAGCAUACAGCUUUGUGCCUUCAGGGAUCUUUAAACCUGCUGCUCACUGGAAGACACUUAAAAAAAGGAGAGAAGAAAUCACCUCAGUUUUUAAAAACAAAAUCUUGAUUGAUUAUAAGGGUUAAAUGAGAAGUCAUGAGGUGUCAAGCACCAGACACUACCGUUUAUUUUAUAUUGUAACCUCAUACUGAAACAGAUAGUUGAGCCAUGAAGGGACAUGUGCCCCUAACAGUAGCUGG